UGGAUCUGGGACUAGCUGGGAGCCCUGGGUGCUUGGGGUUAGAAAAUGGAGCACUGGUUUUCCUUAAGCCCGCUGCUUUCCCCCUCCUCGUUGCCUCAGGUGCUGGACAGCAUCUACUUCAGCCGGCGGUUCCACGUGCGCUGCGUGGCCAAGGCUGUGGACAAGGCUGGCCACGUGGGGACCCCCCUGAGGAGCAACGUGGUGACCAUAGGCACAGACAGUGCCAUCUGUCACACGCCGGUGGUGGCGGGGACGGCCCGAGGCUUCCAGGCGCAGUCCUUCAUUGCCACACUCCGGUACCUGGAUGUGAAGCACAAGGAGCAUCCCAACAGGAUCCACAUCUCGGUGCAGAUCCCCCACCAGGAUGGGAUGCUGCCCCUCAUCUCCACGCUGCCGCUGCACAACCUGCAUUUCCUUCUCUCCGAGUCCAUCUACAGGCACCAGCACGUCUGCUCCAACCUGGUCACUGUCAGAGACCUCAGGGGCAUCUCAGAGGCAGGGUUCCUGGACGAGGUGACCCAGGACAGCUUCGUGCUGGGCCCGGGACCGAAACCAGCCAGAAGUGACGGAUAA